AUGGUGAUGCCGAUGGCGAGCGCCGGUGAAGACACGGAAGCGAGGAGGCCGCUCCUCACCAGGAAGCGUGAUGACGACGUGGACCUGGGCGACGGCGACGCGUCCUUCGCGGGCGCGGUGUUCAACCUGUCCACCACCAUCGUGGGCGCGGGCAUCAUGGCGCUCCCGGCCACCAUGAAUGUGCUGGGCCUCGUCCCGGGCCUGACGCUGGUCGUGCUCGCCGCCGUGCUCACGGACUCCUCCAUCGAGCUCCUCAUGCGGUUCAGCAACGCCGUGGGCGCCGCGUCCUACGGCGAGGCAAUGGGCGACGCCUUCGGGGCGCUCGGCAGGGGCUUCCUCCAGUUGUGUGUCGUCGUCAACAACGUCGGCGUCAUGGUCGUCUACAUGAUCAUCAUUGGCGAUGUGCUGUCGGGAACUUCUCCUUCUUCGAGCGGCGUCCACCAUCACGGUGUGUUCGAAGGGUGGUUCGGGCACAACCGCUGGAACGGUCGCUUCGCCAUCCUCGCCAUCACCACCCUCGGCGUCUUCACGCCGCUCACAUGUUUCAAGCGCGUCGAUUCACUGAAGUACACUUCGGCCGUGUCGGUCGCGCUGGCCGUGGUGUUCGUCGUGAUCACCGCCGGAAUCGCCGUCAUCAAGCUGACGAGAGGGCAGAUCCCCAUGCCCAAGCUGUUCCCCGACGUCCACGAUUGGGAGUCCAUCUUCAGGAUCUUCACGGCCGCUCCAGUUCUUGUCACCGCCUACAUUUGCCACUACAACGUGCACCCAAUUCACAACGAGCUCAAGGACCCAGCCCAGAUCAAGCCGAUCGUGCGGGCGUCGCUGGUGCUGUGCUCCGUCGUGUACGUCACGACCAGCUUCUUCGGCUUCAUGCUCUUCGGCGAGGACACGCUGGACGACGUGCUCGCCAACUUCGACUCCGACCUCGGCAUCCCCUACGGCUCCGUCUUCAACGACGCCGUCAGGGUCAGCUACGCGCUCCACCUCAUGCUCGUCUUCCCCAUCGUCUUCCACGCGCUCCGCCUAAACAUGGACGGCCUCCUCUUCCCCUCGGCGCGGCCGCUCGCGUGCGACAACCGGAGGUUCGCCGCGCUCACGGCGUCGCUCCUCGCCGUCAUCUUCCUCGCCGCCAACUUCAUCCCCAAUAUCUGGUUAGCCUUCCAGUUCACCGGGGCCACCGCCGCCGUCUCCAUUGCGUACAUCUUCCCGGCCGCCAUGGUGCUCAGGGAUCGUCACGGCAUAGCGAAGAAGAGGGACAAGUUGCUGGCGGUGUUCAUGAUUGUUAUCGCGGCGGUGUCCAACGGAGUGGCCGUGUAUAGUGACGCUUGCUCCUUGUGA